AUGGCUGGACCAAAGCGGAUAAGCGACAACGACGACGACGACGACCGAAGCCCGAGUCCGACGGUUCGCGAAGUCGACCGCGACUCGGAUGCCACCGAGACGUCGCAACUGCUCGGCCGCAGUGACUCUGGAGCGUCAAAGAACGGAUGGGACAACGACCUUGAUUUCCAGCAUCUGCCCUGGUGGCGCAGGCCGUCUGUCUUCUGGCUCCUCGGCCCAUAUGCCAUCUUCACCCUCGCCUUCGGCGGCAUCAUCGUCCCCAAGCUCAACCUCAUCCUCGACCUCGUCUGCAAGCAGUACUUUGCCGACCAGCAGCUCCUCAACCCUCACUUCACCUACACGCCCAUUGUCCUCGGCUCCGACAACCCGCAGUGCAACAUCCCCGAGGUCCAGCGCAACGUCGCCACCUUCAUGCUGGGCAUGAACCUCAUCAUCGGCGGCCUCAGCGCCAUCGUCGCCCCGAAGCUGGGCCACCUGUCCGACCGCUACGGCCGCCGCAAGCUCAUGGCCCUGGCGUCCUGCGGAGGGCUCGUCAGCGAGGUCGUCACCAUCCUGUGCGCAAAGUACCCCCAGGUCUUCAACUACCGCUUCAUGCUGGUCGGCGCCAUGUUUGACGGCAUCACGGGGUCCUUUACCGCCGGCAGCAUCCUCAGCCAGUCGUACACCAGCGACUGCACGCCCCCCUCGAGGAGAGCCGUGUCCAUCGGCUACGUCCAUGCGUGCCUCUUCACCGGCCUCGCCCUGGGUCCCCUCCUGGCCGGCUACUUUGUCAAGUGGACAGGCUCCAUCAUCUCCAUCUUCUACGUCGCCCUGGGCUGCCACCUGUUCUUCAUCGUCUUCGUCCGCUUCAUCCUGCCGGAAUCCCUCUCGAAGCGAAGACAGCGCCUCGCCCGCUCCAAACACGAAGCCGCCCAGAUCCUGCUGCCCUCUCGCUUCUUCGCCCACAACCCCUUUGCCGUCUUCAAGAUCCUCUGGCCCACCGGGCCGGGCACCUCGUCGCGGCUGCGCAUCAACCUCGUCGCGCUCGCCAUCGCCGACACCAUCAUCAUGGGCUCCAUGAUGGCCGUCGGCAACGUCCUCAUGCUCUACAGCGAGUUCAUGUUCGGCUGGGGCAACUUUGAGACGUCGCGCUUCAUCUCCGCCCUGUCCAUGGUCCGCGUCGCCGUCCUCAUGGUCGUCUUCCCCAUCAUCAACUACGUCUUCCGCAUCCGCCCUGCCGCCCGGCGCCAGCGCGAGUCCGGGACGCCUCACGUGGAGAGGAACGCCGGCGCCGACACCCUCGACGUCUGGAUCCUCCGCUUCGCCCUCGCCUCGGACGUGCUCGGCUGCGUCGGCUACACGCUCUCGCGGAACCAGCACCUCUUCUUCGCCAGCGGCAUGGUCACCGCCCUCGGGGGCCUCGGCAGCGCCACCGUCCAGGCGGCCGUCACCAAGCACGUCCCCGCCGCGCGCGUCGGGCAGGUCCUCGGCGCCGUGGGCUUCUUGCAGGCGCAGUCGCGGGUGGUUGGGCCGGUGCUGUUCAACGGGCUGUAUGCGAUGACGGUGGGAACGUUUCCGCAGGCCAUUUUCGUGCUGUUGUGUGGACUUUUCGGGAUUGGGUUGCUAUGUGCUUUCAUCCUCAAGCCCCAUGGUAUGUUGCCCCCCCCCUCAUAUUCUUGA